UAUUCGCUGCUUAUCAACAGACUGCUGACUUGUCUGCCGGCUGCGUCGACUUUAGCGCCACUGGCGUUUAAAACUUACAUAAAAGUUAGAUAUCAGCAUCCGACAGAUACAUUACCAACCACCACCCACUUGCUUGUCGAUGCGCCAGAAUAUUUGCGGUGUUGUGCUUGGCUUGGCGUAUGUGUCGUCAUCCCGAAGGUGCGUCUGGCAUUUCACUUAAUUUUCUUUUUUCGUUCGUAUUAACUAUCGACAUAACUGGUGCUGCUGCUGCUGCUGCUGCUGGUUGUAACUGUCUGCUCAAGGUCUGUUCAAGAAUAAGUAAAAAACAACAACAGCCUGUCAUAGACACAACAGUCAGCCAUCAUAAAAAAAGAAGAACGAACAGCUAAGCAAAAUUGAACUGUACUAAGUUUAAAUUCCUUUGGUGUCUGCUCUGUUUAAGAAAGCGGAGAGUGUAUUGCAUGUACAACAACAAUACCCACUUGCAGCCAAAUAAACUAAGAGCUGCUAGUAACAGAAAUGGCAAAUAAAAAUAAAUAGUUUUUCUUUUUGCUCGAUUGCGUCUGCAGAUACUCGCUUAAUUGUGCCUCCCUGCGGGCUCAUUUGUAUGCGUGUACGCAGUUACGCCAGACAGUGAACAACAGCAACAAUAAAAACAAGCGCUUAGCAGCUUACAGGCGCAAGCAGACAAACGACGAAGAGGAUUUGGCCAACUGAUGGGGGUUUUCGGCGAGAGAAAUGUGUAAAAACGUUGAGAAGCAGGGAGGAGGAGCAAAGAGAUUGCAAAUAUACAGCAAACUUUUACAAGUAGAAUCACAGUAAAUUUUGGCACAAAAGGUCAAGAAAGUGUGCGUGGAAAAAAAGAAGGAUAUUAAGGGACAAAAAAAAAUAUUAGCAAGAAAAACUAAACGAAUGAUAAUAACUCGAAAACUAAAAUGAAACUGCAAUAAGAACGUAGGAAGCAGCGAGUUAUUUGUUGAGCCAACCCAUUAAAACAAUUUAGAAACCCUGCACCUGCCAAAAAAAAUAAAAAAAUAAAAAAAGUGGAAACAAACUACAUUUCACGCGCUCCAUAUUUUCUGCCAGUAGGCGGCACAAAUGUAACAGAAUAUAAAAUGGCCUUAAAAUAAAGUUUCUCGUUUAUUUUCAAAACAAAUUUUAAAAUCUCAUUUAAUUUCGCAUAAAAUCAAACCUUUUACACCUCACCUACAAAGAGUACUUGAAAAGUAACCAACGCAUUACCUUCGCUUAACAAUAAAAAAAGCGCUUAAAUUACCAACAACAUAAAUGGAUUUAUAUUGCUAUCAGCCGACACCACCUGCCUCACUCAUGGAUUAUCCCGUUGGACCGCAUCAAUUGCAAAACAGCAGCGGCGGCGGUAUCAAUAAUACCAAUGCCUACUUCAACAAUAUCUAUACGAAUGGCAGUAGCAACAACAAUAAUAAUAGCAACAACAAUAAUAGCAGUAAUCAUUACAAUCAUCAUAGUAAUAGUGAUAGUUCAUCGGUAACGACAACCACAACAACAGCGACAAAUUUUGGUGACUGUAUUGGUCUGGAACGAGGAUUCGAUUUCUACAGUGACAGAGUGAUAAAGCGCGCAUUUCGAAAACAAGCAAGCAAAUGA